AAUUCAAUUCGGGUCACACUUUCGGAGGUAAAAUCGGCCAUUGAAGCUUCAAAAUAUGUCGAACCAUUCGCGAACUCAGUCUCUGGUCUUCGGGAUACCUUGGCCUGAACUCAACGAUGGCUUAUUCUAUAGCGACGUCGUUCCACAUUCCGAUUCCGAGCUUACUUUAAUAGAUUUUUACUCAAGGAAGUACAAUUCAGCUCCUUUACAAGGUUGGUUGCAGCGAAUUCAAAAUGGACAGAUAUCAGUUGAUGGAAGAGUCGUUAAAGAUCCAAAUACGAUUCUCAGUGGUGAUUCAGUUUUAGUUUACCAUAGGCUUCCAUGGAAAGAACCUGAUGUUCCUCACUUGCUUGAAGUUCUAUACGAGGAUGAUGACAUGGUUGCUUUAAACAAGCCUUCUGGUCUUCAAGUUUUGCCUGGAGGCCUUUUCCAGCAACGAACUGUUUUGACACAGCUUUGUUGGAGUGUAAAGAAGCAGAACUCUACACUAAACAGUCAAGAAACACAUCCUGUUCCUGUUCAUCGCCUAGGAAGGGGCACAUCAGGAAUAUUACUUUGUGCAAAGACAAAAGUUGCUAAAACUCGCCUUGCAGCAUAUUUUGCUGAUGGAACAUCUCUUGUUGGAGCUACCAGUAAUAGGAAAGCUGCACGAAGUGGUACCAGGAAAAUAUCAAAGAUAUACCGAGCACUUGUGACUGGCAUACUUGUUGAUGACAAGGUUAUCAUUGAUCAGCCUAUUGGAAUUGUGCGAUAUCCCGGAGUGGCCAAAGGACUAUAUGUUGCUUCACCCUCAGGGAAGCCUGCUUUGAGCAAAGUUGAAGUUCUUGAGAGAGAUGAGAAACAAAACUGCACAUUGGUUCAGGUUGAGAUUGAGUCGGGACGGCCUCACCAAAUACGGAUUCAUCUUUCGUUCAUAGGGCAUCCCUUGUUGGGUGAUCCGCUGUAUAUUGCUGGGGGCGAACCAAGGUGUUUUGACCCUGAGCUUGUUGAUGAAAGUUUUGCACAAGAUGGAGGGUACCAGAGGCCUACGAACCCUGUACCAGGAGACUGCGGCUAUUACUUGCAUGCUCAUCGACUUGUUCUUUCGCAUCCAACCACAAAUGAGAUGAUUUACAUCACCGCGCCACUUUCCACCAUCCUUCAAACGUCAGAUGAGGCCAACGGCUCGCCGGGAUCCGUAUCCAUCAACUCAGGUAAUUGAGAAAACAUCGCUCAUUUAAUGGCCUUUUCUACUGGCGAUGCCGGUAAAAUUCGAUUACUCGAUCAUCAAGAGUAGUGUUUUCUUUUUUAUUAGAAUUAUCAUCACGGGUAUAGAUAGGGGCAGGCAACGACCUUGGCCCCCAAAAAUGGUGAAACCACCAUUUAAACUCUUCAGGUUUUGUGAAAUUACAAGAUAAGACCUCUCAAAAAGUUAUAAAUCAUUUUUGACCCUCAAAACAAUUUUCUGAUUUCACCAUGUAUCAUCAUUUCAUGGGGAAGGGUUCCAAUA